AUGGGGAACGACAAACAGCAAGACUUUAAAGAUUUCGAUCUGAGGAACUUCCAGGUCCCCAUAUCAUACUGGCAUUCCGCCCAACAAAAAUACGAGACGUGUGUAACCGAGCGUUUUGGAAUAGAUUUGUCUACACCAGCACGCCGGUGGGAAAAUUGGGUGGUUAAACUCACUUUCGAGAAGCUUGGGAGCGAGAAGCAUGGUAAUGGUUUCUACGUCAAUGUUCCCAACGCUUCCUACGAUAUAAUCCUUACAGCUGGGCACAAUCUCGUCGAUAAACCAGAACACUACUGCUCUAAUAUUAAGAUAAAGCAAGACCCCAAGGAAAAAAAGGAUAUUGACGUAAAACCGGAAAUGAUCCGUGUUUGCCGCAAGUAUUUUGAGGAUCCUGACGAGCUAAAUGAAAUAUACGACUACGGGGCCAUCCUCCUAAAACGACCCCCAUCUAAGCGACAUCGUGGCUUUGGAUUUCAUCUUAUGUUGGGCCUUGCACCACAACUAGGGAAAGGUGCAGCCUAUACCGAAGAUGAAGACAAGGACAUUCUUCGGGAUCGUAUGGUGUAUGUCUGCGGAUACACACCCGAAGACUCACCGCCUGAGAAAUCGCCGCGGAGGUCGGAGGGCAGAUGUAUUGGCACAAACUUGCAUCAACUUCGUUACGAUGCCAAUACUAAACCGGGGAUGAGCGGUGGACCUGUCUGGGUGGGGUUUCGUGGGGUUGAGACAAUUGUAGCGAUUCACACUUACGGAGAAGCAGAGGAGACCGCAGGAAAUAGGGGAACCCGCGUGAAUCUGGAGAACACUACCACACUCAACGAGGGUCGAGUCCGGGUAGGCAGACCCGGUCAGGUAGAAACACUAUUUGAUGUUGUACCUGUGGCGGCAAAACCAACAGUCAAAGAAUCAAAUGCUGGCUACGGAUUUCUUCUGAGGCCAGCAGGCCUCGACGUUAAGGAUACCUGGCCUACCAGCGUUACAUCUCCUUGGGUGCGAUGGGACUCUAAGAAGAACAAAGUGUCGCGCUCGAGCCGCUUUGACGCACAUUGCGAAGUCAAGCUCCCUGGGCUAAUUAUAAAGCCAGAGAAGCCCUUUGAAAUACAAACACAAGAGGGAAAUGGCUGGAAGCAAGUACAGAUGGAAAUGGAAUUGCUUGACGAGGGAGAUCUCGAGCUGCUAGAAGAAGACCCUCAGAGUUUCGAAGAUACAUCGGAAAUCUCAUUUGGACCACUCACCAAGAACAAGAACAAUGUUAGUUACCCCUUGACCCCCUUUUCCUCCUCUCCUUAUUCCCUCACUUGA